UGAUUUUGGUAGUUCAUCAACGGGGGGCCUUUAAGGUUAUGUUCCAUUAUUCUUUAUUUGACGAUGAGAAUUCGAUAUUUGGGGGUCAUUUUUAAUUCGUACCGUGACCGAACAUCGGAGAUUUUCAACAUUUCACACCCUGAGAUACUAUUAUUAUACGUUCUGAAAUGAUCCACUCACACACGCAUUCACGCAUUUGGUAUUAACGCUUAACUGGCACAUGUUGCCGAUCCGCUCACAUCACACCAAAAAUGCCACCUAAGAAAAAAAGCAAAGCAAAAGGCAAGGGUGGCAAGAAGAAGCGAUCGCGAUCGCGGUCUCGGUCUCGUUCCAAGGGCCGUGGAAAGAAGAUGGGAAAGGAGCAGGCUAGUGCCGUUAUGGUCUUUGUUAUGGUGGAAGCUCGCAAGCAGUCAAUUCUCUUGUAUAGAACCUGGUUACUGGAACAAAAGGAAGAAGCCACACGUCUUCGCCAAAAGCUUCGACGUGUCGAGAAAGAGCGGUACAGCCAUAUGCGGAAUCUCAUUGACACGACAGACGCCAUGUCAACCAAAAUCGAUAAAAUGCAUGGAGAAAAGUCUAUCGGUAGAGCAUUCGACACCAACCUGGACGCUAAACUCAUUCAACAGCGAGAAGACAUUGAAGUUCUCUAUGACACCCUCACCAGACAUUCCAACCGCCUCUCGGCCUUAACCACAGAGUACUCUAGCCUCCUUAUAGCAAGCAGAACCUCUCUUGAAGACGCCAUGGCCGGCCUCCGCGCAACCCACGCAGUACAAAUACAACGCCAUCAAACGGAAAUUGACCGUCUGUACAAAAAGCACGAACAAAGCAUUGAAGGUACCCGCCAAAGAGCAGAUAAAAUCGUUCUCGGGGUCGAAAGUGUGGCCAGUCAGCAAGAGUUGGAUGAAAUGUCCGUACAGACUCUCCAAACGAUCCAUCGAAACAGGAAAUUGCACGCUCAAGUCGCGGCUGCAAAGGUGGAGAUCGAGCGACUGGAAACGAUUGUGGAAGAGUUUGAGGAGAGGAAUUUGGAACUCUCUAAGGAAUUGAAUCUAUCUGUGGACUGGAAUUUGGGGUUGGGGUUAGUCGCUGAGGCUGAGUUGGAGGAAUGGGAAGAUGACAUGGACUCUGAGGUGGAGCGGGGCAGGAGUCCGAGCGUUCGACGUCCGAAAUCCAAAGCAUCAACAACACCUUCAUCCCCUCUGCCACCUCUACCCGUUUCGAAAUCGGGAACACCGUCCCCAAGCUUAUCCCACCUGACUCUAACUGAAGUUCUUCACCGAGAGGCCAAACGACGGGAGGUGGAAACCAAACGAUCUGGGCUGGGCGUCACGGGCAAAAGCGUCGAUAUGAAACCACCCGACCCACGACAUGCUGGUGGACUUCUCUAUCAAACCCUUUGUAUCUGAUACGAUGAUUUUUAUUCAUAUACGUAAGCGCAACAGUUCUCUAGAUACAGCAUGCUCAGCAAGUGCUUGAUACAGACAUCCGAAUGCCGACAACAGCCCGGCCAACUCGCACCCCCACAAAUGUACAUGUACCAAUUCACAUUGACUAUACUGUCCAAUACCUUUCUAAAAUAAUCAAAUCAGC